CAAACAACUAGUAAAUAUUCUAUUCAAAUAAAAUACCAACAAAUAUAAUAACAAUAUAAAUCCCUUUUGAUAUUUGCCUGCACGUCCCAAAAAAACAAGUCGAGAAUAAUAACCACAUCAGAUUUGAUUAAAACCCUCUCACUAAUCACCUUCUUAAUCACCCUCUCCCCCAACAGAAAAAAAAAAACAUCGUAGGUUCUCUGUCUCGGACGGUAUCAAUAUUCAAAUCAUGCACCGUAGAGGAAUUCAAGAAUCCGACGAAGAAGAUGAGACAUACAACGACGUCGUUCCGGACUCUCCUUCUUCGUGCGAAGACUCCAAGAUCUCAAAACCAACUCCGAAGAAGAGUAGGAGGAACAUGGAGAAGAGAGUUGUGUCGGUUCCGAUUGCUGACGUGGAAGGAUCUAAGAGUAGAGGAGAGGUAUAUCCACCGUCCGAUUCCUGGGCCUGGAGAAAGUACGGUCAAAAACCGAUCAAAGGCUCGCCUUACCCUAGGGGUUAUUACAGAUGUAGUAGUUCAAAAGGAUGUCCGGCAAGGAAGCAGGUGGAGAGAAGUCGUGUGGACCCCUCAAAGCUCAUGAUAACAUACGCCUGCGACCAUAACCACCCUUUCCCCUCCGCCACUAACAACAAAUCUCACCACCGAACCAACACCAUCCUCCUCAAAACCGCCAAGAAAGAGGAGAACAUAGAAGAAGACGAAGAGGAAGAAGAAGAAGAAGCAACAGUUGUUGCCGAGGAGCCUGCAGGACUAGACCUAAGCCACGUGGACUCUCCUCUUCUCUUAGGUGGCUGCUACAGUGAACUACCCGAGUUCGGGUGGUUCUACGACGCUUCCAUCUCAUCAUCUUCCGGUUCUUCUUACGGUGGCAGCUUAACACUAGAGAGAGGCUUUUCAGUAGGAGAAGAGGAGGAUGAGUCACUGUUUGGUGAUCUUGGUGACUUGCCGGACUGCGCCUCCGUGUUCCGCCGUGGAACUGUGGCUACGGAGGGGGAACAUUUUGGUGCCGUUACUUUCUGUGAUAGUUCUAGAUGAGUUGUGUGUGUAGCCAAAAAUCUAAAAAAGGAAACUUUUUAUUUUCCACUGUAAAGUUGUAUCAAUGGUGGAUUCAUAUGAUUCAUUUAAAAUCUAUAAGUAAUAAAUUAAUACU